AUGCUUCGGCUCGACCGGAGUGAUACCACGGCCUUACAUACCAACGGCAUCUUCGGCUGCGUGGAGCUGUUCAAGGGUGAUCAGCAUAUACAGCACACAGCUAUGAUGGUCAUGGCAAUGCUGGGGUUCUAUUUUGAGGUGUCCAGACAUGAUCGGGACCGUCAUAUUAGGGUGCAUAUGCGUCAUAUCCGACCUGAAAAGCUUCACCAUUUUGAAAAGAUACGCGAAGAAGCAACUUUGGCCUUGCCAUACGACUACAAGAGCGCGACGCACCCCGCUUGGAAGUUCUGGCGGAAAAUAGGCAAGACUGGCAUAUCCACAGUGGCCACGUAUAAAGAUCAUGAUCCUGAUGGCUCAAUAAUGAGAUCUCUUGGUCAAAACCAGGAAUUACUAUCGGAAGGUGACAUUAUUAAAAUAAACAGCGUGUACGGGGUCCACUGUUUUCUAGAUAAGAAAGAGUCUGAACGAAUGAAGAAAUCCAAACAUAAAUCGAGGAGUUCGAAAAGACAUAAGGAUAAAUAUGAAAAAUCAUAA